AUCAGGAACAUACAUCUGGUGAUAUUUUUCCUAAUUACGAUGGAAAUGAGGCUGCAUGGCUUUAGUGUGAUUUCACUACAACACACCUAUAUCUGUGUUUAUACACCCAGCCUGGAUCGCAAUCAUUGGUAUGUGUCACCUUUUUCUGCUUCCCUUUGUGUAUCAUCCCGUUUCCUGUGUCCUGGCUGGUUGUCAUGACCACCGUUACCAAGGAGAGUAGAGGCUACACAAGAAAGGAAACCUGAACCACAGAUCUUGAUGCCAUGAUAUUUAAUUCAUCAACACGCCGGCACACCAAGGUUCGGUGUAAUACUGAGGGAGCGGGAGAGCGGGAUUUGUAAAUAUAUAAGACAAAGAGGUGCUGUCAGAUCCUUCUGUUGCAGCCAGGGCCUGCUUUCCUCCUCAGUAAAAAUGUACUGAUAAUAACCUGUUGAUGUUUCCUCUGCAAAUUGCAAAAUGUAACAAAUUCAAAACCCCCAAAAGUAUCAGAAUUCAGGGUUUUGUUAUUUUUUUUUGUCCAGGUGACACAAUCAUACAAUACUUUUUUUUAACCUGUGACCUAUGUAUUUCUCCUGUGGCUUUUCAGCAUUUCAACCAUAGUUAUUGUUAAAAAAAAAAGAAAACCUAUGCCUCCUUUUGUAAAGUGGUUUCUCCCUUUCAUCGCAAACAAAUAGCAGAAUUAACAGCUCAUAUUUGUGAAAGCUCCCCAAAAAUACAUACGAGUUUGUGUGAUACAAAGCAAUACAAAGUGUGUAAUCCUCAUUGUAGAGGCCUCCCCCCACCUGUGUUGUCUUUGUGUUAACUGAUCCACCAACAGACCGUGCUCCAUCCUCGUCCAGCCAUCCCUCCCUCCUUUUGUUGUCUCACCCUCUUUUUCCCCCUCCCUCCCAUCGCUUUUUUUUCCCUAGGGUUCAGUGUUGCUCUCGCAGCUUUGACUGUGAACAGUGAAGAUUGGAAGAAGUGAAUAGAUGCUCUGCAGGAGUCUCACUGUUUGGCCCUGAUUUGUUAUUUAUACCCUUGUUUGGAACCAGACAGACCCAUUUGGGCUACGUUGCUACUGAGGAAGCAGUUGGGGGCAGGGUGAAGCGGAGCAGCUGAAGUGGCGUCGUCCAGACUUGGACCUCUGCGCCGUUUAUUGUCAACAAGGAGAUACUUCAACGGGCAACAGCAGCAGCGUCUCAGGCCAAAAUCUUCUGCCGCUUUUUCUAUGGAAACCUGGGUUUUAUUUCAAAAAACCAGACACAGAUUUUAAAGUCUGUAUUUUUGCGAAAGUUGAGGUGGAAUCGUGGAAAAACCUGCUCAAAUACAUGGCUCUUUGGAUUGUUCAUCUUGACAGGAUGUCUGUACCAUUUGUUCUGCAAGGACUCAACAUUGGAUAACUCUGAAUGACGAAGACUUGCUGUCUUUAUUCUGUGUAAUCAAGCAUCACCCUUCUAGACCUUGCUGUGACAGGAUACACGCAGAGCCGCCUCACUGGCCUUCGAAUCCGAGUAUCAGGUUAUAUCAGUGUGAUCCAUCCAGGUAAGGCAACACCGUACCAGGAGUGUGACACUGAAACACACUGCAGCUCAACAAUUGGCCUCCUGGAUUUGAACCAGAGCUGAAGGCAAAGAAACACUUCCACAGAAAAAAUAAAAGCCUGGCUGGGAUCAAUUUCAUUCACAAGGCCUGGACCGUGAAGCCCAAUCGAUCCCGCUACAGAGGACUGCCACAGGUGGCUGCACAGCUAUUGGCUACUCAAUAAUGUAUUGAGUCAAACUGAGGAAUGAAAAGGAGGAGAAAGUGCUACUGAUGCUUUGAAAAAAGGUGGAUUAUAGAAUUCAAGUGAUUACUUCAGAGUGAAUUUGAGGACUCAGGGAAGUUGGAAAAGGGAGCAGAUGUUGAAGCGGAAAAGAAAAAGGGAAGAAAAUGGCUGCUGACAAGGUGGCAUUGGGGCAAAGACCGUGAAAAUUUGGCAACGUCAACAGUAACAGGACCAAAUACCCAAAGGAGUAGACUUUAAAGACCACAAAAGAGGAUAAACAAAUAAGAGGUUACUGUAAUAGACUAAGGGAAACUGUGAUUCUUCAGAGAGUGGUCUAACAAACAGGUGUCAUCAUGGUGAACACUGGCAUGCAGCUGAUCAGCUUCACCUGCGCGGUGACCGGCUGGAUCAUGGCGAUCGCCGUCACGGCCCUGCCUCAGUGGAAGGUCUCGGCCUUCAUCGGCAGCAACAUCCUGACCUCGGAGAUCAAGUGGGAAGGCAUCUGGAUGAACUGCAUAUACCAGACUACGGGCCACAUGCAGUGCAAGACGUACGACUCCAUGCUGGCCUUGCCCCCGGACAUCCAGGCGGCCCGCGCCCUGAUGUGUCUGGCCAUCUUCAUAGGCUGGCUCUCCUGCACUGUGUCCUGCUGCGGCAUGAAGUGCACAACCUGCGCUGGAGACGACCGCAGGGCCAAGGCGGGGAUCGCGCUCGCAGGUGGGGUUCUCUUCAUCCUCACCGGCCUGUGCGUGCUGAUUCCCGUCUCCUGGACCGCCAACACAGUCAUCCAGGAUUUCUACAAUCCCAACGUGCCUCUGAUGCACAAAAGGGAGCUGGGGCAGGCAAUUUAUCUGGGCUGGGCGUCUGCCGUUAUUCUCAUGAUCAGUGGAGCUGUGCUGAGCAGCACCUGCCCCCUCAUGGAGAGGAGUGGCAGGUACCGCAGGGGCUACAUAGGCCGGAGCUUCGCUAAUUCACCAGCUUCAGCACCAGAUCCUCCAAAACCCAUCACAUCCAAUAGUGUACCAUUAAAGGAGUAUGUAUAGGUAGGGGAGGAGGGAACAGCAAGUGAAGAGGGAUGAAGUUAGUGAAAACAUUGUUUCUUUCCUAAAUUUACUGUCUCAAGUUUUAAGUCUCAAAUUAUACAUUGAAAUACAUAUAUUUAUUAAUAUAUUGAUCCUAUAUUUUAUAUAUCUCUUUGUAAUGUUGAACCUGUUGAAACCUGAAGUUUGUUUGACUCUUACUGCACUGUGAUUUAUAGUAGUUCCUGAAGAAAGCCUAUUGCCGAAAUUGUCAGUUUAUGACUGUUAUGAUGGCUUUAAUGAUGGCUUGUUUUAUGAAGAUUGCAGUGAUUUCUCAAGCAGGUAUUCUCUCACAAUGUCAUUACCUUUUUCUUUGUCACAUAAAGCUUUGACUGAGUGUGCCUACAUUGAAAGUGUGAAAUAAACAAAGUUUGUUAAAAAGCGUCUCACUACCAAUUGUAAUUGUG